GAUAAGAUUGUCUUUACUCUCCACAAAAGCUUCAAACUCCCAAAGAGAAUAUUAAAGGCACCUCCGUACAGAAUAAGUGAAAUGGGCUAUGGCAGCUUUAAUUUGCCAAUUGAAAUUUAUUUCAAGACAAAUCAUAGUGAAGAUACCAGAAAGGCUUUUUUCGAAUAUGAUUUGUUUCUUCAGCAUGUUGACAGCCCACCAAUCAAUCACACAAGGAAAGAGAAAUUAACCUUCCUUAAACCUUCUGAGGACUUUAAGCGAAAGCUUCUUGCAGGCGGCGGGACUCAAGAGUUUGAGACCAGCGCCCCAGUGAAAAAAAUUACUUCACACCAAGAAAAUCAUGUAAGCCGCGUGCCAUCGACUUUGGUUAGUGUAGGAGGGCAAGAGGAAAGUAGCUCUAACGAUAAGGCAGGAGCUUCACGUCCCUCGAGCGGAGCCAAAAUCAAGCCACAGAAUGCUCAGCAAGCUCAUACUGACAUAGCAAAGAAGCAUAAACAUCCAACAAACAGGGAGCCAAAAGCAAAGCAAGAAUCAAAGGUUUCUGAUCAGUUUUCUGCAUUAUUUGGCGAGCCUAUUAAGAAAAUUGCAGACCAGCGGAAAGUCAGUAAAGAAAAGCCAAAAGAAAAAGAUAAAGAGAAAGAGAAAUCCCUUGACAAGCACAAAGGGAAAAAAGGACCCACAGGCGCCAAAAAGUCCCAGUCUAGGUACUGGUUAAAGGAAAAAUUACUUCUCUUUGGGAGUUUGAAGCUUUUGUGGAGAAUACAAAAAUUGACCUUUUACAUAGAAGUAUUCCUCAGUGCAAGCUGGAAUUGGCAGCUGAAGCUUGGUAACAGGUUGUUAACUGGUACUGAUGGUGGUGGUGGUGGUGGGGGAUACCUGCUACACCUGCCACCACCAAGCACUUUAUUUGUUCAGCAUCAGGGACUAACUGGGGUGGUUGAGUCAGGUACCAGUGAAACAAAAGAUGAAAAAAAGGAUAAGAGCAAAGAUAGGAGUCACAAGGAUAGACACAAGAAAGAUAGAGACAAGGAUAGAGAGAAACACAAGAAGGAAAGAGAUCGUGAGAAGGAUAGUAAAAAGCAUAGAGAAAAGGAGUCCUCCAAAAAGCCCUUGUCCCCACCUCCUGUAAAGCCUUCUUUGUCUCCAGCCCAGUUGUCAUCAAAACGAUUAUUAUCACCAUCUUCCAAGCAGUCGGCAUCCCCUGCUUCAAAGAGAUCAUUGUCACCUGCGACUAGUAUCAAGUCUGAUUCAAGUUCCAAACGUAAAAAGUAUGAUCUCGAAAUCAGCAAACCCGUUGAAAAAAUUGCUGAAGAGGUAAAAGACAAGAAAGAGAAAAAGAAAGAAAAAAAAGAAAAGCGGCGAGAUAAAGAACCUCCAAUUGUAGAACCUGAACGUGAAAAACCCAUUGAGAAAUUACCAUCUAAAUCUGAAAGUAGUUCUAAGAUUGUAGUGCCAGCUAUUGUCAAGGAAGAUAGGGUUGCUGCACUUCCAAAGGUGGAAGAGAAACCUGUCAUUAAAGAGCCUAGCAAAAAGGAGUCUAAAUCAAAGAAAGUUGCAGUUAAAGAAGUCAUUAAAGAAGACCUUGUUGUACCACCUCCCAUCAUUAAAGAGAAAAAGAAAGAAAAGCCCAUUGUUAAAGUUUCUCCUCCUGCACCUGUGUCGAGGUCGAGGUCAAGGUCAUCAUCCAAGUCCUCAUCACGAAGUGCUUCACCUUCUCCCAGCAUUUCUAGGUCACCAUCCCCUGAAUGUUCACAUUCAUCAAAAUCUUCAAGGUCAAGAAGCCCUCCGUCAAAUGUAUCUGCUGAUCGUGAUUCACAUUCUAGAUCGAGGUCUCCUUCAAGGUCACAGUCGCCUACAAGAUCUAAAUCUCGGUCCCGCUCUCGUUCUCGGUCUCGGUCUAGCUCAGGAUCCAGGAGAACUGUUUCUAGAACUCCAUCUGCAUCAGGGUCAAAAUCUCACUCCCCGUCGAGGUCAGCGUCUCGUUCAAGGUCCAGGUCUAGGUCAAGAUCUAGGUCCAGGUCCAGAUCUAGGUCUAGAUCGAGGUCUAGAUCUAGAUCAAGAUCCAGGUCAAGGUCUAGAUCUAGGUCCAGGUCCAGAUCUAGGUCUAUAUCCAGGUCAAGGUCUAGGUCUAGGUCCAGGUCCAGGUCCAGGUCAAGGUCAAGAUCUAGAUCUCAGUCCAGAUCAAGAUCCAGGUCAGGUUCAGGUAGCAGAUCUGUAUCAAGUUCACCAGGUAGAUCAAAAUCAAGGUCUCUAUCAGGGUCACCAACAAGGUCAACAAGUAGCAUGUCAACUGUGAGUUCCCCAUCCCAUGUUUCAGUGGGUGAAAGUCUGCCUCAAACUGCAUCAUCGAGAGGGGCAGCUGUGGUGGGAAGACCUUUGAAACCAGGCGCUGGGUCUGGGGAGAAGAACAAAAAUCCCUUGAGUAGAUUGAUGGAAGAUGUUAGUAGUUCUGAUAGUGAGUGCGAAGAACGAAUAGCUGCUCCCGAAAAGAGUCCAGCCAAACCUCCAUUGAAGUCACCCUCAGAAGCCUUGGUUCGGCCUGGCCAAACUCCUACUGGACAGCAGACAGCUUCAACCACACCCCGACAGCAGGUGAAAAAGGAACCCGAUUUAUCUAGUGAUGAAGAAGACAUUCUACCUGUACGUGAGAAUGGAAAGAACCCGGCCAAGCGAGAAGCUCAAGGGAGAAAAGCCCAACCAAGGGAAAAGAAAAGACGUCGAAUAGCUUCUGAGAGUCCCUCUCUCUCUAACAAAGUGAGUGUACCUGUUACAGAAACAGCUAAACCUGUUAAAGAAGAAGUGAAAUCUGAAACAGUAAAGGUUAAGGAAGAAGGUGACACCAGUCCAAAUCCAUCAAUAGAAUAUUUUCAAGAAUUAUCUGAAUUACAACAGAAAAUCUCAAAUUCUGUCAACUCUAGUGAUCGUCAAAAAAUUCAGCAAGUGGUUGACAUUAUUGCUGAAAAUAGUAGCUUCAAUUUAACCACAGCACACUUAAGUUUUGAUCUUUCCACUCUAGAUGCCCAAGUCAUUAGGCAGCUUCAAGGAUGCUUUUCAUAAUUAUUGUUGAUCUACAGUGCAAUGGAAAUAAUGCUGGUAGUUGGAUAAAGGAUGUCAAUAAUGCCUGCAUGAUCAAUUUCACUCUUACAUAUCAGUUUAAUGCACUCUGAUCCAGUGAAUCCAGAUAGUAUAACAGAGGGAGAUAGUCCAGGUAAUUUUCAAGGGACAGCAUUUAGCAUUUGAACUUAUUUAGAACAGUAAACAUCAAGCACUUAGUACUUUUGGGUACAUUGUAUAUAUAAGUAAUGUCAUAUCCUAUGUACCCAGUUUAAGUUUUUGUAGUUUGAAGGAUGUUGAAAUUAUCCUUACAGGAAAAAUACUAAGGAAUUUCUGUGUUUUAGACAGCAUUCCUUAAGAUGAUGAACUUGUUACAGAAUGUCAUGGUUGGAUGUGAUGACUUUGUACAUGUGUUUAAAGAUCAUUCCUGAUUUUGAUGUACUUUAUAUCCCUGGUCAACAUGUGUUAUCAUAAUGUGCAAGAGAACUGAAGGUUUGGAAAUACUUAUUUUAUUAAUACACACACUACAUGCAUUCGAAGAACACACAAUUUAUGUAAGAGUGAAAGACACUUUAGGAGAAGCAAGUCAUGUCAAAUUUAGUCCCUUGAAGUUUUGCGUUUGUGAAAAUAGUUUCAUUAGUUAACAACCCAUUUUUCUUGUGUCGAUUGCAGAAAAACUAAUGGGCAUUAAUGAGUUUCAGCCCAUUAAGGUAGGAAUGAAAGGAUCACAGUGCAAAUUCUAUUACAGUGUAAUAUAUCCAUGGUAACCAUAACAUACUUUCAGAUUCUAUUAGAAUGUAAUAUAUGUCGAGGUAACUUUAUUAUAUUUUAAAAAGUACAGAUUGAAUGUGUUGUAAAUUUUUUUGUUAGGAAAAGAUGUGGAACUCUGAUUAUUGACUGUCACGUACAAAUAAUUAUAGGAAUAACAUAUUAAUAUUAAAAAUAUUCUCAAUUUCUUCUCACUAGAUUAAUUUAUUGAUGUACAAUGUUUGUAAUAUCUUUCUUACAUUUUUCUGUCAAAUACUUAAUAUAUUUAUUUAUUUUGUUCUUACAUUGCUUUUUCCACAAGAAUUUUAGAGAUUUUUAAUUAGUACUGUAUUUAGGAACUAGAUCAUGAUCAACUUCCUUUAAUGAAAGGAUGAAAUUAUUGGAUUGUGAAACAUUGUGGGCUUUCAUUUACUUUACAGAUAUGAUGAUUUUCAUAUUUUAUAAUAUUAAACAUUAUCAUGUUAAACAAUGCUGGAUCUUCAAGGUAUUGUAAAGGUGUAAUUGUAAUUUGAACACUGCGGUAUUGCUUAAUGUCUUCAUAGCACAAAAUUUAGAUUUUCCAAUGUCGGAUACAACUCACUUCAAGCAGUUGUAUGUAAUUGUAUUUGGUAAAAAAAAAAUCUUACUGGAUAAUUACUUAAUCUAACUUUUAGGUUCCUAACGCUUUUCCAUAAUAUCCAGUCAUAUUUCAGGGUAUUUAGAAUUUGCCAGAGGUAAUGGUUUCAUAUAGCAGCUUAGUAUCUUGAGCUACAUGAAAAUGGUUUGCUCUGGUUUUGUUGUUGGGAAAUUGCUGAAGGUAAACUGUGCCUUUAUACCUAUUGGUUAUUCCCUUACAUAGCCAGUUAAUAAUGCAGCAUCCCCUUACAGUUUGUAAUUAGAUAUAGAAGAAUAAGCAACAUGAUCUGUUUGUUGUGCCAAGAAAAUUAUCAGUGUUAAAAGUUAGUAAUAGCUUUGGAAAUGACAGGGUAAUUUGUACGUAAAAUCUCCCAUGUUAGGAAUCCUUAAAAAAGAAACGGAAGGUAUUGUAGAUUUAUUUAUGCUAUAUACUUUGUUGGUUUGUAUGGAGACGCGAAGAUUCUCACUCUCUCAAAAUAUGUUUUCAUCAAAUUGUGUGCUUCAGUUUUCUAUGUCUUAUUCUUUAUAGCAUGUCAUUUUUAAUCAUUUAUUAGCUGAUGUUGUUAAUAAUUAUUAUCUUGAAUUCAGACUGAAUUUUAAGAUGUCAAAGAUUACUGUUACCCUGUACACUAGUACCCCCCCCCCCUCCCACACACACACAGUUUAAUCAAAAGAAUGUUUAAUUUUAAAGACCCAUUCUCAGAAUUAUAAGAAUUUUGUCAAUUUUGAGCCUUCUGUGAAAUAUGGAGGUUUCCCCUUUAAAAACUACAUGUGUAAUCUAUAUGGUAGAUGUUAAUUUGGCUCAGUACAAUACAGAAUAUUAAUUGUUCACAUCUAAAAUUACUGAGUCUUUAUGACUCUCCAUGUAUAAUUCUGUUGAGUGGAAAACUCAAGCUGUUUUCUGGAAAGAUGCUAGACAUGCUUGGUGUUUCCAAGAUCAGUAGUAUUAAUUAGAUAUACGUACUGCAGUCUUAAAAAUUAUAGUUUGGUAUGGCCAGUCUUUUUGACAGUGCGUAAAACUGAAUUAUAGUUUGGUACGGACAAUCUUUUUGACAGCGCGUAAAACUACUAAGUUGAAUUUUCUUGGAAGCCUCUGAAGUAGACUGGUAUCGACUGUGUAAUCAUGUCAGUUAGAUAAUUACCACUUAAGAAAAGAAAGUGUAAUCAUUUCAGUUUAUUGAAGGUGUUGUAUAUUGACAGGUAAAUAUACCAAGUUAAUCAUAUGUAGCUAGGUAAUUCAUUUUCAAUUACUUCCCAAUGCAGAAUUUUGCAUGUGUGUUUGUUAAUGAAAAGGAAAAUUAUAAAAGUGUAGAAGUACCUGUAUGACAUCUAAAUGGUUAACUGUCUCUGUCGACCAAACUUGAUUCUUGUUUUCUUUCUAGCGCUUGUGUUGACUGUUUACAGCACUGGAACCAACUCUUUAUCCUUAUAUCAGUUUCUGCUCACAGAGCUGAAAGUACUAUCUGGCAACAUCUGCUGUCAAGUAAAAAGUUGAAGUCAUUGCUUCUUGAAGAUAAAGAUAUUAUUAUUUAUAUAUUUCAGCAUAUAACAUGAUAAGUGCUUCAAAAGACACUAUUGAAACAGGUGAUGAAAUUCUUGAUGGUGAUGAUUAUAGAAAUAGACAAAGGUCCAUAGAAUACAAGGUCAACCUACGUGCAAGUAGAUAGGGGAGUAUGGGAGUGAACCCUCCGAGAGCUCAUUAUCUUUUACUAAAACAUGGAUUCAAUAAUAUUGGUAACUCGUAAAGAUGCAUAUGAUACACCUGUUGACAGUAAUGCUAAUUCUUUGCAAUAAAUUACAGGUAGUAUAUGAGAAUCUCAUAGCUUCUCUGCAACUGUUACAGGAUACUGAUAGUAAGCUCCCAUCUGUCAUAGAUGAGCAAAGGAAUGCUCAAGUCCAGAUUUAGUUUGUACUGUAUAUAGCACAAUAGUCCCUUUAUAUGUACAGAUACUAACGCAUAACAAUAAUAUUAAAAUCAAUUACUGCAAAUAGGUAAUAAGUGUGGACGAGCUUCACAUUGAAUAACUUGAUAAACAAAUGGCAGAUCCUGUAAAUGUGGCUGGUAUAUUCAAACCAAGGGCCCUCGUACUACAGAAUCUAUGUAUUAUGAAAGCAACAGCAAUAAAGAUAACACUACUGUUCUGCUGGGUCUAUUGUAAAUCAUGCUGGGUGACUGGUCUGUUGUAAAUCAUGCAUAUUUCUUAUUUUUAUUGGGAUCUUGCCUUGAUAUUCACAAAUCAACUUUAAGACACUACAGAAUAUUAUCAAAUUCCCUGUAGAAUAUUUUAUGUUUUACAUAAAAAAUGCUAAGUCACUAUAAAUUUACAGAUUUGCCAUGAAUUUAUCAAAACCAAGAAACUGACUCAAAAAUGAACAUGCACAAAGAUGGUAUGAUACAAGCUCAAUUGGAAUAAAGGUGUUUGUGAGUAUCAUUUACGCUGAUGGUGAUGUAUUGUGUAAUUUUGAAUUGUAUAAUGAUAAUGUGUUGUCAUAGUAAUGGAACUUCUAAGACAUAGGGCAUUGCCUGUAUUUUCAAGCAAAGCAGGCGGUGGUGGGUACUGAUUUUCAGAAAAACUCUUGUUUUGGUAUUGCCCACACUAAGAUUGACGCUUAAGCUUACUUUAUAUCAAGCAUUUCUUUGCUCCAUAGAUACAAGAGGUUUGCAAUGAUUAAAUACUAACGAAACAUUUUUUUUUUUUUAAGUCUUUUCAUUCUUUUACCAUUUCAUAGCUCUUGACUUUCUUAUCCCAUCUAUUUUUCCUUUAAUAUUUGCUUGUCUUGUAUUGUAGCAAUUAGUUUUUCAAACAAAUAUUUUGUGAAUCUCAUACUAGUAUAUGUUCUUUUGUACAUAGGAGUAACGGAAACAAAGAUAUGCUCAUCAUUGAAACAAAGAUAUGCUCAUAUGAUCAAAUAUGAUUAUACUUAAUGGUUUAUUUGACAAAUAGGUGGUCAAGAUCUAUCAUUUUUCAUCUCUUCGUCUUUGUGAAGUUGAGAGACACACUAUGGAUUUUGUGUUCUAGUUUCGUUUGAAUAAUGUUUGCCAAGAAAAAACCUGAGAGAGAUCAGUCAUACAGGGAAUUUCAUAUUCAAUUGUACCAUAGCUCCUUUCUUAACUUGUUUGGUUUGUGAUUCUCUGCACUGCAGCUUUGUUCAGCCAUUUUCCUCUACUUUUUUUUUUUAAACUGUUGAACAUAUUGGUUGUCUGCAAAUGCAGUAGUGUGAAAAAGGAGUAUGAUAAUUGCAUGUGUUUGUAAAUUUUCAAUAUUUUUUCCGUGUUUGUGGCAAUUUCUACUCCAUUGUAUAUUUUGUAAAUUAUGUAGAUAUAAGUAUUUUCUUUGUUAUGUUUUUGUAUUCUCAGUGGAGUCAUUAUUUGUAUGUGCAGAAGAAUUUGUAUGGAAAUGUUUGUUUAUAUACAUAAUUGUGUAUGUGUCUGAAUAAAA